AUGUAUCGGCAAGUAUUGGUACAUCCCGAUGAUACUUCUUUGCAGCGUUUUCUGUGGCGUUUCUCAGCUGAUGAUCCCAUUCAGAUCUACGAGCUUCUGACGGUCACCUACGGGCUCACUCCUUCCUCGUUCCUCGCCACUCGUACGCUUCAGCAGUUAGCGGAUGACGAAGGAGAGCCGUACCCAUUCGGCAGUAAAGCCUUGCGUAAGAAUUUUUAUGUAGACGACUUCAUCGGUGGUGCGCAGACGGUCGAAGAAGCCAGCAAGCUUCGUACAGAGCUAAGCGAGUUGUUGGCAAAGGGUGGAUUCGAUCUGCGAAAAUGGACGUCGAACCGGCUCGAAGUGCUGAAAGGAUUGCGAGAGGAUCAAAUAGGCACGCAGUCUACGAUAGAAUUCGCUCCCCACGAAACUAUCAAAGCGUUAGGCAUCAAUUGGAAACCGAACGAGGAUUUUAUGCGUUUUGAUUCCCAGGUACCGCCCAGCGAUCACGUUUUAACGAAACGGUCCAUUUUGUCUACGAUUGCUAAGCUUUUCGAUCCUUUGGGUCUUAUUGCUCCCGUUGUAGUGAGGGCAAAAAUUGUUAUGCAGGAACUAUGGCUGCUGUCAUGUGGUUGGGAUGAUCCGGUCCCCGAUAAUCUACAGAAAAGAUGGGAAAAAUACAAACAGGAGCUGCCCAAAAUUUCUGCCUAUCGCAUUGCCCGUUAUGCCCUUCUACCUAAUUCUACAGUGCAGCUACACACCUUCGCUGAUGCCUCCGAAUCUGCUUACGGUGCGUGCACAUACGCCCGCUGCGAAGAUCCACAGGGGAUCGUACGGAUACAGCUUCUUGCCUCUAAGUCCCGAGUCGCUCCGCUGAAGCGGUUAACUAUCGCCCGUCUUGAGCUGUGCGCUGCGGUUCUGGCUGCGCAUCUGCAUCACAGGAUAAAGCGUGCGAUUGACAUCGGUAUUUGUUCGUCAUAUUUUUGGUCCGAUUCAUCCGUCACUCUCGAAUGGCUUCGAUCGCCACCGAAUCGCUGGCAAACGUUUGUUGGAAAUCACGUUUCAGAGGUUCAGCAUUUCACGCAUGGCUAUCGCUGGAACCAUAUAGCAGGCACCGAAAACCCGGCCGAUCUUGUCUCGCGCGGAAUGUCCGUAGAAGAGUUCCUGAACAGUGCGCUGUGGAGUCAGGGUCCAAGCUGGCUAACAUUACCGUGUAAAAGCUGGCCUAUCUCGAACCCAGAUAAUGUUUCCGAGGAUAUUCUCGAAAUCCGACAGGUCGUCGCAGCAGUUAAUUCGACCUCAACGGUCAACCCGCUCUUUCUUCGAUGCUCGUCGUAUACUCGCUUGCUGCAUGUUGUUGGAUAUUGCCUUCGCUUCAUUUUGAAUAACCGUGCCAAGACUAGAACACAGCCUCUCCCAAGCCCGAAUCCAGUGCAGCGCUACCUUUCAGUGGAACAGCUUGCCCAAACCAGAAACGUGUUGAUUCAGCUAGCCCAAAGCGACGGCUUCCCCGCUGAGCUGAAGGACUUAAGAGAAGGAAAGUCAGUAGAUAAGCGCUCCAAAAUACGCCGGCUUAAUCCAUUCCUAGACCCAGAGGGGGUAUUGAGGGUUGGAGGGCGACUCAACUUAUCUCAACUGCCCUAUCAAGCGAAACAUCCUGCCUUACUUCCCAGCUUUCAUCCUUUCUCCCUGCUAAUUGCCCAACAUUAUCAUCACCAAAUGUUUCACGCCGGAGGACGGCUUCUACUAAGUGCCAUUCGCGAAGAAUUUUGGCCGCUGCAAGGCCGCAAGCUCGCUCACAACACAGUUCGUCGAUGCUUCCGCUGCACUCUGCAUUUAUCAACGCCAGGUUUCCUGCUAGCAUUAAGGCGAUUUAUUGGUCGACGCGGUCGCCCUGCCCACAUUCACUCAGACAACGGCAAAAAUUUUGAAGGAGCCAAGAACGACUUGAACGAGCUUUUUGCCAUGCUGCGAAAAAGUGAGGAGAAUGAAAAAAUUGCUUCAACGUGCGCUGCAGAAGGAAUCACAUGGCAUCUAACACCACCAAAAGCACCGCACUUCGGUGGUCUCUGGGAGGCGGCCGUGAAAGUGGCCAAGAAGCAUUUGUACCGUCAACUCGGUUCAUCUCGUGUGUCGUUCGAAGAUUUGUCCACUAUUCUGGCCCAAAUUGAAGCGCUGAUGAAUUCUCGACCCCUGCUUCCAAUGUCAGAUGACCCAAACGAUUUGGCUGCGCUCACGCCCGCUCAUUUCCUGAUCGGUUCCAGGAUGCUGGCCCUGCCCGACCCAGAUCAUCAACAUAUUCCUGUAAAUCGGCUGGACCACUUUCAAAAAUUGCAGUUGCACGUCCAGAAAUUUGGAGUCACUGGCGCACCGAAUAUCUGCAAGAACUGCAAAAGGACACCACGAUGA